AUGGCGAGACUCACUGACGAUGCCGACUACGAUCCCGGAGAAAUGUCUGGGAAUGUACCACGUCCACGGUCCGACUUUGGAAAUGAUCAUGCAUACAAUGCACUCCGGACUAGGUGCGUUCCUCUAAGUCUUCCUACUAAUAUGACCAAGUUGCGAAAACAAGGUCAAACAGCAUCUAUACAACGAAAGAAGACUACGACCACACAAAAGGCCUCACCAUCUUGGUCUUCGUACCUUACAUCUUUCUGUUGA